GCGGUGCACGGCGUUGGGCAGGCCGCGCUGCUGUGGGCAGCCCGCGGUGAGUGCCCAGCCUGCACGUGCGCGCCAGCCCUCGCGUGCGCCCCUGGCCAGGAGGCGGCGCGCCUGGACUGCCCAGGCGGGUCCCCAGGGUGGGCGCUGUCAGCGGUGGCCCUCGCUGGCGUGACUGGCUUCGCAGGAGGGCUCCUGGCCGCGCGUCAGAGCGCGGGCCUGUGCCUCGUGAUGGCCAGCUCUGCAGCCGCCGCGGCGGCCAGUGGACACCCUUUGGCUCUGGACGGACUCGACGAGGGCGAUUUCAUCCUGGUGCUGUAUCGCGUGGGAGGUGCCCGGAUCUGGCACGAGCGCCUGAUCCUGGCAUUUCAGACGGUGCCGCCCUUCGGGACAGGGGUCUUGACUCCAGAUGGGCACGCCUACGUGGAGGCCAUCAUGCAGAACGGUGCGGACAUCAGGGGGUGCGCGAUUCCCGCUGGCGCCGCAGCCGGCGCCGUGGCUGCCGCCACAGCUGGGGAUCAGGUCUACCGAUUCCGUGGUCUCCCUCUUCCUGGAGAGGUCGCGACGGGUGCCGCCUCUGUUCGAGGCACUCUUGGGCUGGGCGCUGGGCCGCCGAUCGCGCUGAACACGGCAGGGCGUGGCAUCGCGGCCGUGGUAGGCGCUCCGGCUGGCGCUGGGCCUGCGGGGGCCCCCGCUGCGGGCGGGGCCGGCGGCGCCCCCGGGGCUCUGGGCGGUCUGGCAGGGCUAGCGGCAGCCCUCGGAGGCGGCCCAGCGGCCGCGCCACCGCACCCGCCCUUGUACCAGUGGCGGCCGCACCUGCACCUGCGGGAGGAGGAGCUCCAGCUGUCGUGCCUCUUGGCGGAGGAGGGGCGCCCCCCGCUGCUCCUGGCGCCCUCGGCGGCGCCGCCGUGGCCGCGCCGGCCCCUGGGCCUGCCGCCGCCCCCGCGCCUGCCGCAGGUGGUGGCCCUGGUCCUGGUGGCGUGGCCGCAGCUCUGGCCGCCAUCGCUGGCGCUCCUGGAGGCGAUGCACGGAUUCAGUCGGCACACGAAGUGGGUUUCGGACGGGCACCUGGAGGCGGACGAUCCUGGAGUCGACACCCACUUGCUGUGCUGCCGCCUCCUCGAGCUGGGCGUGGUCUACGAUCAACUCCACGUGACUAACAUUGCCGCCAUGGAGUUGGUCGGGCGGACCCUCCAGACGCAGGAGGAACUGUACCGAGACAGGUUCGCGGCGGCUUCGGAGUUCGGCUCAGACGCUGCUCUGAUGUCGGGUGCUCUGGGCGCUGGCGGGAACGUGUGCGUAGCCCCUGCUCUGAGGGACUGGCUGGCCGCCGAGAAGGCACGCGAGGCCAACAUAGCCAAGGGGCGGCGCUAG